AUGUUGGAGAUCCGUCAGGAGGUUGGAGCAAAUCCGGAGACUCUGAAUGUUCCGACUCAGGACCGAGCUUCCAGGAUGGGAGUGGUCAAGGGUGAGUGUGCUGAAAUCCAGGCUGGAGCUGAGACAGUUGGGAUGGAAGGUGACAUUGGGAAGUGGGGAGAUAUGACAAACAUGGCUGGUCCCUCCACUGGCUGUAGGGUGGAAGAUGACACCACUUCAAGUGAUAGUGGUGAUCUGGACCUGCAAGGGCCUGGCAACGUGUCUCAGACGUGUCAGAUCUAUCCAAGAGAUGUUGACCAAGUUACAAUGUCUGAAGCCCUCAUAGUUGAGACUCUUGCAGCAUAUGUCCCAAGGUGCAUGUUGUAG